AUGCUCGAGUCUGAAGUUCAAGAUCCGUACAUCGGCAGCGAUGUCCCGAAACUUCGAACAGCUUGUGAAAGCUGUCGCCAGUCCAAGGUGAAAUGCAACUUGUCCGGCAAGAAUGUUUGUACACGUUGUCUGCGCCACGGCCUGCAGUGCCAGUACGGCUUUGCCAAUCGAUCCGGCAAGCCGAAAGGGAGCAAGAACCGGGCAACGCUACGGAAGUUGGGUCAGUUGCAGGAGGAUAAGUCGCCGAUGCGUGGAUUCCGUAGCAGUCGGCUGCCUCCUACGGUUGAUCGCGAACCUCUCUCGGCUGAAUAUGGGCAUAUCGCCGAUACAAUGAUGGGCGACGACGUAUGCUUGGUCCCUAGACCUCCUGGGCUUUGGGAGAGUCCACGGAGUUUCAAUAGCGCCCCAGCACUGGAGACACCAACAUGCCCUUCGCAAUUGACCGUUGAUGACUCCCCUUUUGCUGAGAUGAUGGACACAUGCCCAUCUCUUCCCGUCGGUCUAAGAUACCCUGAUACACCAGUAACUCCGACAUUCCUACCAUCAGACCCUCUUGCGGAUGGAAUAGCCAGCCCAUCUUUUGGAAGCACUGUAUCCUCGCCUUUUGCUGGCCCGUGCGAAUGUGUCGACAUGCAGCUUUUCCACAUGAACCGACUCAACCAUCUCCUCGCCGAAUGCCUACCUCUCAGAUUCGAUCACAGCCUGCAGGCCAUCAAGGCCACCUUUCGAGCAUGUCAAAUGUUUCUGCAGUGUAGCAAAUGCGCCAAAGACAGUGCCAACUUGUUACUGGUCGUCUCUGUGUUCAAUUUGACUCUGCAGCUGUUCGAAUACUGGAUCUCACGCGAGAUGUCCCGGACUCUACGAACCGAACACGGGUUUGAUAUCAGGUAUGGGUGCUACGAAGUAUGCCAGGGAGAGAACCGGCAAAUCAACACUUUUCUACUUCGUGGGUUACUGCUUCAAUGUCGUGAGGUGUUGUCCAUGAUGACCGCCUAUAUCAACACAGUCUAUUGCAAUUCCCCGAAGCUCGCCGAGCGCACAGGCUCCUCCAACAAGAUAAUUACUGAGGAACCCAACCAGCUCUGGGGUUUACCUAAUCAUCUUGGUGUUUCAUCGUCAGGCCUAGAUCGAGACAUGCCGGGCACCGGUUCUGGAAACGAUGGUCUCCUUUCCAUCAUCGCCGGCUACGAAGCAACCGUCGAGGCCUUCCUGCAGACAAUCUCCUCCAGCGAUUGCAUCUGCGGAGCGACCCCCGUUUCUUGA